UGAAGGUUUAGUGCACGUUGCACGAGCAGAUUCCUUAUUUACUUCGUUUUAUCUCAUGUUAUCAUUUGACUAAGUUCACUUGGUAAUAACGUGCAGCCAGUGUGUGAAUUGGAUGUUUUCAGUGGUAAAAAACCAUCGAUUUAGUUAACUUCAUGACUAAAACUAGAAUCAUGCACAGCAAAAGUGAAAUAGUAAAGAUCGCUGGUGCUGUUAUUCUGCCUCACGUUGGUGGUUUCGUGAAUGGGAAAUUAACCCGUAUGCAGAUUACUGGAUGGUACAAUCAGCUCAAUUUUCCAUCAUUUCGGCCACCAAAUUGGCUGUUCGCUCCGGUAUGGAUAUCACUCUACACUGGUAUGGGAUACGCAUCCUUCUUAGUUUGGAAAACGGGCGGCGGUUUUAGUGGCCCAGCACGAAUUCCACUGAUGCUCUAUGCUACCCAGCUAGCCCUCAAUUGGGCUUGGACGCCUAUCUUUUUCGUAAAGCAUGACUUGAAAUGGAGCCUGGUUGAAAUUUUAGCCCUAACUGGAACGGUAGCAGCGACUGGAUGUGCUUUCUACGAGAUUAAUAAGCUCGCGGGGUACCUCUUCAUUCCAUAUUUUGCCUGGUGUGCGUUUGCUAGCAUGCUCAAUUAUAAGAUCUACAAGCUGAAUGCUCCAAAACCUUCCACGGCGACGAUCGAAGAAGUUUUCGCACGUCAUAUAGAAUAAUCUCUUCGUUCAGUCCAGGUCUAUGCUAAAGAACCUCAAUUCAGAAAUUAUCAUUCAAAACGAUAAGCAGAUCGAUUUUUAACUAGAUCCAAUCGAAAUGGUACAACAAAACAUACUUACUAAAACAAAUAAUUGCAGCUCAUCACCCGAUGAAAUAGAACCAAUUUGAUUUUUUUUUGAGCAUUCGCCAGUUUCCACAAAUUGGUAAACAUACCACGAAACAGUUGGACAGACCCGGUCAUGAGAGGUGUAAUGUUUUUGUAUGUGUGCAAUAUAUUUUUGGCAGAGCUGUCAAAGCGCAUUUCGCUUGUUCUAUAUACCUUGAUUUAAACUACAGGGUAAUCCAGAUAAAAAAUAAAGAAUCGUUUUUCUGCACGUAAUUUCCCGGCAUGCAAAAGAUAUCUGAAUGGGCUAACAUCGUUGAAUUACUUUACAGAGUCCAAAAGUACAUGAGUUUAAUAAAUUUUCACUGCGUUGAGUAAUUUUACCUGAAAUGGCUUUAGGAAGUUUUGUCUUAAUUUUACAAGCACGAUUCCGAUAAACAAGCAGGCAACAUUCUGGCGAUUUUUCAACAAUUUGCAAAUUUUAGCCUAACAUCGUGGGCGUUCCUAUUAUUGAUGAUGGUAUUUUGGAAAGCACAUUGCUGAUGUGUCACGCCAUCAGCAAAAAGAGGAAGAGGAAGCUCAUGGAAAUGCCAUGUAAAGAAAAGCCGCUUUUUAAGUUAACGAGUUGUGUUUGUAUG